AUGAAGGUCGUUCGGUACGAGCCAUUCAAUCGUAGCAAUUUCGAGAUUGUGCUCCAGAAUUCAGACGAGAGGACAGUUGUUCCCAAAGUCAUUAUAAACCCAUGUCCUUCACAUAUCGAAGACAAUGAUAAGACGAGCGACAGCAAGAAGGACAGCGGGGAAGAAGAGAGCGAUGAAGGAGACGGAGAAGAUGAGCAGAAGACUCCCAAAGACAAUGAUGAGGUCCAACAUGGACACGCCUCUGACUCUGUAGCAACCCUAUUUCCGCCCGAGUCAGGCAGAUACAGAGCUAUCUCCUGGAUCAGAAGCCGACGAUUCAAUCAGAAUUCUACGCAAUUUUAA